CGUAUCCGAACUACUAUAAAUACGCGCCUAACGGAAUUUUCGGAAUAUUAUCCGUUCGGCAAUCCUCUUAACCGGUAUCGCUGAACGUCGACUGACAAAUAUUUAUUAAUUUAUUUCUACGUUAAGUACUACAAAAAACUCAAUCAAAAUGCGUGAGUGCAUCUCAGUACACGUUGGCCAAGCCGGAGUCCAGAUCGGUAAUGCCUGCUGGGAGCUGUACUGCCUUGAGCAUGGCAUUCAGCCCGACGGCCAGAUGCCCACAGACAAAACCAUCGGCGGUGGUGACGACUCCUUCAACACCUUCUUCAGCGAGACCGGAGCCGGCAAGCACGUGCCCCGCGCCGUGUUCGUCGACUUGGAACCCACAGUAGUCGAUGAGGUCCGCACAGGCACAUACAGACAGUUGUUUCAUCCAGAACAACUUAUCACUGGUAAGGAGGAUGCCGCCAACAACUACGCCCGCGGUCACUACACCAUCGGCAAGGAAAUCGUCGACCUAGUGCUGGACCGCAUCCGCAAGCUCGCCGACCAGUGCACUGGCCUCCAGGGGUUCCUAAUCUUCCACUCCUUCGGCGGCGGUACCGGAUCCGGUUUCACCUCCCUGCUCAUGGAGAGGCUCUCGGUCGACUACGGCAAGAAGUCGAAGCUCGAGUUCGCCAUCUACCCCGCCCCGCAGGUGUCCACCGCCGUCGUGGAGCCCUACAACUCCAUCCUGACCACCCACACUACCCUGGAGCACUCCGACUGCGCCUUCAUGGUCGACAACGAAGCCAUCUAUGACAUCUGCCGCCGCAACCUGGACAUCGAGCGCCCCACCUACACCAACCUCAACAGGCUCAUCGGCCAGAUCGUGUCCUCCAUCACCGCCUCCCUGCGUUUCGACGGCGCCCUCAACGUCGAUCUCACCGAGUUCCAGACCAACUUGGUGCCGUACCCGCGUAUCCACUUCCCCCUGGUCACGUACGCCCCCGUCAUUUCCGCCGAGAAGGCUUACCACGAGCAGCUGUCGGUCUCAGAGAUCACCAACGCGUGCUUCGAGCCUGCUAACCAGAUGGUGAAGUGCGACCCACGCCACGGAAAGUACAUGGCGUGCUGCAUGCUGUACCGCGGGGACGUCGUGCCCAAGGACGUGAACGCGGCCAUCGCCACCAUCAAGACCAAGCGCACCAUCCAGUUCGUGGACUGGUGCCCGACCGGGUUCAAGGUGGGCAUCAACUACCAGCCCCCGACCGUGGUGCCCGGCGGCGACCUGGCCAAGGUGCAGCGCGCCGUGUGCAUGUUGUCCAACACCACCGCCAUCGCCGAGGCGUGGGCCCGCCUGGACCACAAGUUCGACCUUAUGUACGCCAAGCGCGCCUUCGUGCACUGGUACGUGGGUGAGGGUAUGGAGGAGGGCGAGUUCUCGGAGGCGCGCGAGGACUUGGCCGCUCUGGAGAAGGACUACGAGGAGGUCGGCAUGGACUCCGCCGAGGGCGAAGGCGAGGGAGCCGAGGAGUACUAAGCUGCGUUUUAUUUAUUUUUAUACGUUCAGCGCACUCGCCGAUUUACAUUCCGGUGGAAAAUAAAAGAUUGAAAUAA